GAACACUUCAUUUGGAAUUGCCAUUGCUUUCUUCAUUGGUAUUGCAACUUUCACUGUUUCCUAGCAAAAGUCUCCACUACUAAGUCUGGUCGUGCUCUCCGGAGAGAACCGUUUGGCCAUGUCUUCGGCGAAAGCUAUUCUAUCCAUGAUCGCUUCAACAGCUGCCUCUGCAAUUCUCAUGCAUACAAUAAUCAGGGAUUACCUCCCCCGUGAAAUCCACAACUAUAUAUCCUCAAGGAUACAUUGGCUCAGCAAACGUUUCUCAUCACAAUUGUCCAUGGUGAUUGAAGAUUAUUAGGGCUUUAAGGUCAACAAGGUCUAUAAAGCUGUUGAAAUCUACUUAGGCAACAAAGACUCACCAACCAUCAAGAGGCUACGGGUUGUGAAAUCAGAAAAAGAGAAGGGCUUCAAGGUCAUCAUUGAAAGGAAUGAGGAACUUGUAGACACCUUCCAAGGUGUGGAGUUCAAAUGGACGCUUGUGUGCUACGAGUCUCCAAGUGUGGUCAUGGAUCAUGUGAGAACGGAUUCCAUGAGUGAAACCAGGUUCUUUGAGCUUACUAUUCAUAAGAAGCACAAAGACAUGGUUUUGGACUCGUACUUGCUUCACAUCAUGGCUCAUGGCAAGGCCAUAAAAGAAGAGAAGAGCCUGAUGAAGCUCCACACCCUAAACCCUGACUUCCAUUUUGGUGUCACGAAAGAAAUAUGGCGCCAUGUGAUUUUCAACCAUCCGGCAACAUUUGAUACCCUUGCCAUCGAUGUGUCGCUAAAGGAGGAAAUCGUGCUUGAUAUUCAGGGGUUCUCAAAGAGAAAGGACUUCUAUAGGAGAGUUGGUAAGGCAUGGAAGCGUGGAUACUUGCUCUAUGGCCCUCCAGGCACUUGAAAGUCGAGCCUGAUUGCAGCUAUGGCCAACUUCCUUAAAUUUGACAUUUAUGACCUUGACCUUUCAUCUCUUCAAUCUGACUCUGAUCUACGAAAGCUCCUCAUCACCACCACUAACCGAUCAAUCUUGGUGGUUGAGGAUAUUGAUUGCACGGUGGAGCUAAAGGCGGAAGAGCAAGCCAUGGACCAAUAUCCCAUCCAGAGAGAGAAUGAGGGGACUCUAUCAGGGUUGCUGAAUUUUGUCGAUGGAUUGUGGUCUAGUUGUGGGGACGAAAGGAUAAUCGUGUUCACAACAAAUCACAAGGACAAGCUUGAUCCGGCAUUACUCCGGCCUGGCAGGAUGGACAAGCACAUACGCUUGGGGUAUUGCAACUUCUUUAGCUUCAAGAAAUUGUUUUCCAAUUAUCAUUAUGUAGAUGAUCACCCCUUGUUUCAAGAGGCUAGAGGAUUGAUUGAGGAGGUGGAGGUAACCCCAGCUGAGGUAGCUGAACAACUUAUGAGGAGUGAGGAUGUUGGUGUUGUACUUCAAAGCAUAAUCGAGGCCUUGAAGAGGAAGAGAGAGGAGAUGGUCAGAGUUAGCAAAUCAAUGAAGAAAAUGGAGAAAGUGGAAAAGGAAGGAGAUAACCCAAAGUAGAGAACUCAAAGAAGAAAAUGGACAAUCAGCUUUUUCUAGAUUCAAGGUCCAUUAUUUUACUACAAAGUUUACUACAAAAUAUUCACAAGCCUCAUCAAAAAAAAUAUUUGUGAAUUGAAUACUUCUAGCUCCUUUUGUUCAAGUUACAUCCCCAAGUUUUGGGCACCUCCGAGAAGAAAUCUUUUAUGAUCCAAAUUCACUCAUGUUCCGUAUAAUUAUUUGUAUAUUUAUAUAUAGAGGAGUGAUUUCAUGCAAUGGUUGUGUAAUAAUGUAAUGAAACAC